GGGACAAGAAUAGUUGCUAUCCCGUUGUAAAGAUGGAGCAACUGAGGCACAGCGACAUUAAGCCUUGCCCAAGGCCACACGGUCUAAUCCAGCGCCUGGCACCUGUAGUUGUUGUCUUCCGCUCUGACUCGGUUCCCUCACAGCAGGAUGGAGCCAGCUGAGGAACUGGAGGAGGAGGACUCUCCAGGUGGCCGGGAGGAUGGCUUCACCGCUGAGCACCUGGCCGCCGAGGCCAUGGCAGCUGACAUGGACCCUUGGCUGGUGUUUGAUGCCCGCACCACGCCUGCCACCGAGCUGGAUGACUGGUUGGCCAAGUACCCACCAUCCCAAGUCACCCGCUACGGGGACCCCAGUUCACCCAACUCAGAGCCUGUGGGCUGGAUUGCAGCAUAUGGGCAGGGCUACACCCCAAACUCUGGCGACGUGCAGGGUCUGCAGGCAGCCUGGGAAGCUUUGCAAACCAGCGGGCGGCCCAUCACGCCAGGCACCCUGCGUCAGCUGGCCAUCACCCAUCAAGUGCUCUCUGGCAAGUGGCUGAUGCACCUGGCACCUGGCUUCAAGCUGGACCAUGCCUGGGCUGGCAUUGCCCGGGCUGUGGUUGAGGGCCGCCUUCAGGUGGCCAAGGUGAGCCCACGAGCCAAGGAGGGCGGGCGCCAGGUCAUCUGUGUUUACACGGAUGACUUCACGGACCGCUUGGGUGUACUGGAGGCAGAUUCAGCCAUCCGUGCAGCAGGCAUUAAGUGCCUGCUCACCUACAAGCCUGAUGUCUACACCUACCUGGGCAUCUACCGGGCCAACCGCUGGCACCUCUGUCCCACUCUCUACGAGAGCCGUUUCCAGCUUGGGGGCAAUGCCCGUGGCUCCCGGGUGCUAGACCGCGCCAACAAUGUGGAACUGACCUAGAGGGACCAAGCGGGAGAGACUGUCCUCUGCUUCCUCCCCUGGGGAUGGAACGUCCUGUCUUCCUCUUCCUCGUCCCAAGAAGGCCAACUGCCCCAGCUCUAGAGACUUAAGUCCCUUGGGAACUGCCUGCAUCUUUGAUCCCCUUGAACUUGUGUCCUCUGUUCAGGGCUGACUCAGGCCCCCACAGGCUGGGGGCUUUGGCUCUCUGAGGGCCGAGCCCUCAGCCGCCUUUUCGAUGCUGCUCCCUCCACUGCCCAGUUCCACGGGUCGGGUGCAGACACCGAAGAGGAGAGCCUGCCUUGGCCACCCUCGUCCCUGGCUGUACCCCCACUCCUGCAUUCUCCCCUUCUCUCUUCCUCCCUCACAAGGGAGAAAACAGUGCUUCCAGUUCCUCUCCCUGGAGCCCUUGUGGCCCAGGGGGCAGGGACCCUGCAGGCCUGAGCAUGCCAUUUGGGGGGCAGGGUAGUUGUGCCCACUCAGCCCCUGGCAGAGAGAGGGGAUGCCAGGGGCCAUGGACUUGGGGCCUGCCCCCCUGCCAACUCACAAAGCCUGCACCACCUUCCCCCCUUCUUGGCUACCUUGACAUGUGCCUGCUCCUGGCAUUUCAAUAAAACCCAGCUUGGGUCUGUGUCUUGAGUGUUUUUUAAAA